AGCUCGUCGGGGAGACGCGCCCUCGUUCGACCUUGAACGGCUAUAACCGGUGCGUAACGUUCGAUGUACGGAGCAUCGUCGCUGUUAAUCGCGACAACCAGCCGACCGCGAGUCACCGUCACCGCAGCACCACCGUAGCAGGUCUGUGCUCCUUUUACUCUGUUUACUUCCUCCUUCUUGACGCUUAUUCCUCGACGCAAGACUGCCUCGGCGGCGAAAUGGCGAAGAAAACGUACGAUCUGUUGUUCAAGCUACUCCUCAUCGGCGACUCCGGCGUCGGCAAGACCUGCAUACUAUUCCGUUUCUCGGACGAUGCCUUCUCCACCACGUUCAUUUCCACAAUAGGUAUCGAUUUUAAAAUCAAGACGGUAGAAUUAAGAGGAAAGAAAAUCAAAUUACAGAUAUGGGACACAGCUGGACAAGAAAGAUUUCACACUAUUACAACAUCAUACUAUAGAGGAGCUAUGGGAAUUAUGCUUGUUUAUGAUAUUACUAACGAAAAGACAUUUGAAAAUAUCGUGAAAUGGUUGAGGAAUAUUGAUGAACAUGCAAAUGAAGAUGUGGAGAAAAUGAUCUUAGGAAAUAAAAGUGAUAUGGAAGAAAAACGCGUUGUUAGUACAGAGAAAGGAGAAGCGAUAGCGAGAGAACAUGGCAUUAGAUUUAUGGAGACGUCCGCGAAAGCGAACAUCAAUAUCGAUCGAGCAUUUAGCGAACUAGCAGAAGCAAUAUUGGACAAAACUCACGGCAGGGAACCACAAGACGCGCCCGACAGAGUAACGGUUGAUCGAAGGGUAGAAAGAAAUUCGAAUCGGUGCUGCUAAUUUUAUAUAUUAUUUAUUUUAACGGCGCAUAACGAACUAUAUAUCAGCUCGUGCCACCUGGGAUAGAUCCCUCGAUAUAGAUUUAGAGCGUAAUUUAAAGCAUAAUAACAUAAACACUUCACGACACUGCCUGAUCUAAUCCAAUCUCACUUUUGAUCUGAUGAAAAAAACAUUUUUCUAUGCUGCAAUCGAAAAUUGCUAAUAAAGAUGAUUUGACCGAUCCAAUAUUUUUUAAAAAAUUAUGUUUUUUAAUUAAAUCUAUAUAAAUGUUAAUAAGUUUAUAAAAACGCGCGCGGUUUUAUGCAUAUACAAUUGUAUCUACGACUGUACGUGUGAUAUAUAUAAACAAAAUUUCAUUAGUUUAUACGGAUGUAGUAAAAAAAUUUUUUAAACAUAGAUUUCACUGGCGAAAAUCUUCAUGUUUCACGUAAAGCAUUGCAUCGUUGUACGGAAAACAAUUAGGAUAUUGUUUAUACAUAUUGUUUAUUAUGAGGCUGCAAUUUGUUACCAUAUUGAGUGUGAGUAUGAGUGUCGUCGGCUUCUAAUCUUGAUCAUUUUUUUGAACAUUGAACGCUUUUCUGCGUGAAUAAUCGCACCACAAUGCUUAUUUGUACAUUUAAAUUAGGGAGAACUUAAACCAAAAGCUUCUACCGUUUUAUGUACGGCCGAUUUACUAUAAAUAUAAAUAUUCGCAAUUUCGAAUUUGUCGUUUUUAUUUCUUAGGCAAAUGCGCGCGCACACACACACACACAUACACACAUAUAUACAUAUAUCCUGCAUGGAAUGAGUUUGCAUAUUUAUAGAUGCGAAAUUGUCAUUAACAGACAUUAAUAAUAACAAUUAUACAUAGACAUUUUAAUGCAAGUAUUGAAGAUAAUAGUAUAUAUAUG